AGCUUCUCCCCCAGCGGCGAUAGGCGACUCCUUUCCUUUGAGAUCGAAAGGCAUCCACAAAAGCAAAACCUUAUACCCAGUGCCUUUGGGCAAAACCAAGGCCAAACGACCCUGACCACAGAACCGACCCUACGCUGACACUGAACUUGCUCGGUGGCCAUUCGCCAUAAUGUCCAGCAUGGGACGCUUUCGCAUGCUGAACCAGCGCAGCGAGGAGCUCGAACUGGAGGCGAAUGCAUCGCUGCUGAAGUCAUCGCCCAACAUUUUGGAGAACUUUUCGUACGACGACUUCCACCUACAGAAGGCACACUCGCAUCUAAAGCGUAUGGCGACCUCUCCCACCACCAGCUCCGGCUACGAGUCGGGCAGGUCCAAGCGGCCACCGGCAGAGCCCAAGUUCUGCGACACUCUGGAGCGGCACGCCUUCAUGCGGAAUGUGAUCAACCAGCAACCGGAGAGCGUGCGCCGCUAUUCGAGUCCGGGUGAAAAGGAGGCUCAGGUGCGGCGCAGCCUGGAGGAGAUCUCCAAGGACAUCAAGGAGAUCGAACAGUUUGUCACCGCCACAGAGCAGAUGAUGCAGCGCGAGAAUGAGCUGGAGAAGGAGCAGUUGCAGGUGCAGGUCCAAGCGCAGAUCCGUCGAGGCGACAAGGAGAACAAGACGCCGAGUCCCGUCAAGCGGAUCACCUACAAGAUCAAUGCCUACAAGGCACCGCAGCGUCGCCAGCGCCCAAACAGUCCUCGGUUCUAUCACUCCCGGCUGUACUUUCGCAAUGGGAGGAUUGGCUGCGUGGACGCUGCCGAGCAGCAGAGCAAUAUCGGCGCCACCCACGCCCUGGUCAAGCACAUACUGAAGCACGAGAAGCCGCUGGUGAGUCCGGACAGCGUGAGACGCAUUCUGCAGUCGGACAACUUGGAGAUGACGCCCCUGCCUGGAAUGGUGGCCAUGCCGGUGCCCGAUCCGGUGGCAGUGCAGCGAGCCGAAGAGUUGGCGGCGGCCACGGGUCAGGUGGUGUUGCCGCUGGAGUCGUGCGAGCAGCCGGCAGACGAGUCCCAGCCCAUCCAGGAGGAGGACGAAGACGAACAGGACGUGCAGAUCUGCUACAACGAGUCGCCGGAGCUGCAGAACGAGGAUCAAAAUGUGCGCCGCCUGCGUUCGCCCUCCUUCAACGAGAGCGAGAUCGUGGCCGUGGUGGAGCCAGAAAUGGAUGGGGAGCAGGAGCAGCAUCGCAAGCCGAGCAGCGCCGGCAGCCUGGACUCCCAGGGUCAGCAGUUCCUGCGCGACCAAGUCCGCCAUCUGGUGCGACGCUUCACGGCGCGCGCCAACAAAGUGAAGUCCCGCAUCGAGCUGCCGCCCACGCCCUCGUCCAGCAACGCCAGCUCGCCCUCGCCGCCGCCCACGGCUCUGCACGCAAGCACCAAGAGCCUGCACCCCUCGCCGGAGCACAAGGUGCGCUUGGUGCCGGCGGGCACUUCGCCUCACCGCGGACGCCUCUUUGAGGCCGACACUCCUCGCUCAAAUGUGUGGCUCUGCUCCAGCCUGUGCGGGGCCAACAAUGACGAGCGAACGCUGGAUCCGCAGGGGAAGAUCUAUAUCUCCUGGCUGUGUGUGGUGUCGCUGUCUUUUCUCUACAAUGCCUGGGUCAUACCGCUGCGCGCCUCGUUUCCCUUUCAGACCAAGGAGAACACCAACAUCUGGCUGGCCUGCGACUUCUGUGCGGACAUUGUCUAUCUGCUGGACGUGGUCUUCUUCAAGCAUCGAGUCAUGUACCUCUUCGAGGGCUUUUGGGUGAAGAACAAGAACCUCACGAGAAAGAACUACAUGCGGAAGCUACAGUUUAAGUUGGAUCUUUUGGCAUUGCUGCCGCUGGAGCUGUUCUACUUAAAGCUGGGAACGGGCGCCGUGUGGUUGCGCUUUCCUCGCUUCUUCAAGAUACAAAGCUUCUGGGAAGUGUUUCGCCUGCUGGAUCGGGUCAUAUCAUCGCCGCAUUUUGUACGCGUGGCCAAGACUCUCACUUAUAUGCUGUACAUGAUCCACAUCACGGCUGCCCUGUACUAUGCCUACAGUGACUAUCAGGGCUUGGGCAAGAACCGCUGGGUCUUCAGUGGCAAGGGACAUCCGUAUGUGCGUUGCUUUGCCUUUGCCACCAAGACGGCCACUUCGAUAGGGAAGAAUCCAAAGCCGGAGCGACAGGGGGAGUACGUCUUCAUGACGGUGGCCUGGCUUAUGGGCGUCUUUGUGUUUGCGCUGCUUAUCGGACAGAUACGCGACAUUAUAUCCACGGCCACCAGGAACAGGCACGAGUACCGCCAGCUGGAGGAUGAGACGCUCGAGUACAUGCGACGCCUGAAUCUGUCCCAAGAGGUGCAGUCAAGGGUCAAGAUGUGGUUCCAGUUCACCUGGGAGCAGCAGCGUACUUUAGAUGAAUCGAAUAUACUUGAUGCACUGCCCAUCAAUCUGAAGACAGACAUCGCCAUCUCCGUGCACAUCCAGACACUGUCCAAAGUCCAACUCUUUGCCGACUGCGAGGAGGCGUUGCUGCGAGAUUUGGUGUUGAAACUGCGGGCGGUCACCUUUCUGCCCAAGGACUUUGUGUGUCGCAAAGGGGAGGUUGGCCGCGAGAUGUACAUUGUAAAGCUGGGCCAGGUGCAGGUGAUGGGCGGUCCCAACAGCGACGUGGUUCUGGCCACCCUCACCGAAGGCUCAGUCUUUGGAGAGAUCAGCUUGCUGGGCAUCAAUGGGGCCGAUCGUCGCACGGCCGAUGUGCGAUCCAAGGGCUACUCCAAUCUGUUUGUGCUGUCCAAGUCGGACCUGAACGAAGUGAUUGCCUAUUAUCCCAAUGCGCAGGCCAUUCUCAAGAAGCGAGCCCGUCAACUGAUGCGCAAGAAUGCAGCAAGGGAACGCGAGGAGGAGCGAGAGCGUGCGCGCAGUGCCCUGCAAGCGGAUGUGGUAAUUGGCAAUCCGAAGACUCCAGAGAUUGCUCCAAAACUUCUGCAGACAGUCAUACAGGCCUUGCCGUUCGAGUCGCCUGCCGUGGUGCUCAUCACACGCGGCUCGAAGCGAAUGCGCCGCAAGGGCCAGUCCCUCCAAAUGGAGACCAUAGUGGAGCCGAAGCUUGAGGUGUCGGGCGAUCCUGAAUUGCAAGAGCAGAAGUGCGCUGCUAACGGAGAGAGCAGCAGAAGCACAAAGAUGGGGCGCUCUUCACCCGAUUUGCUCUCCUCCAUACAGCAGGAGCUGAAGUCCAAGCACAAGUUCAUCAAUCUCACCGACUCGGAGAAGGCGCUGAUCAACCACUCGGCCAACAACUCCAUGGAGAACAUGCAGGUGGUGGAUCUGUAAGGCUAAGCCAAUUAUAGUAUUUGUCUAAUUGUUGUAACAAAAUAUUCUGCGAUAUAUAAACAUUGUGUGUAUAACAAAA